AUGCGAAGGUACAGUCCACCAUACUACAGUCCUCCAAGGAGAGGUUAUGGAGGUCGACCAAGAAGCCCUCCAAGAAGAGGAUAUGGUGGUGAUCGUGGGAGACAUAAGGAGCAGAAUAAUGGCAGCCUUUUGGUUCGAAACAUCCCGAUAAGUUGCAGGCCAGAGGACCUUCGAACUCCAUUUGAAAGAUUUGGACUAGUUAGGGAUGUAUAUCUUCCAAAGGACUAUUACUCAGGGGAACCUCGUGGGUUUGCAUUUGUGCAGUUUGUGGAUCCUUAUGAAGCAGCUCAGGCUCAAUAUCAUAUGAAUGGGCAGAUGUUUUCUGGGAGGGAGAUAUCUGUGGUGGUUGCUGCAGAGACAAGGAAAAGGCCAGAGGAGAUGCGCCGUAGAACUCGACCCAGCCGAGGAGCCUCAGGCUCUGGAGGGCGACGAUAUGGACGUUCUCGUUCUCGUUCCCGUUCACGGUCCCCCCGCUAUCCUUCAGGUUCUCGAAGUCGUCAUCGAUCAAGGUCCUACUCUCCUGCACCAAGACGGGGAAGUGCAUACUCCAUUUCCCCUGAAAGAAGGCACUCAGAUCGCCCUAGAUCAACAAGAAAUCAUCCAGAAGAACGAGAAGUGGAUAAUGUUCGCAGGUCAUACUCUCCAGGUUAUGACAAUGCUGCUGAUCAAAUUGGCAAUGGGUAUGGCAAGUAGAAACAUUUACUCCUAGUUAUAUAGCAUUUUUUUAUACUCCUAUUCGUGUGGAUUUAAUUGUGAUUGCAUGAAAGAUGGAUACAUGUUUGAUGGGAUUUCUGAAGUCCUAACAUGAACCAUAUCUUGAUAGUGGUAGAAGACAAAGCCCCUGGUUCUGAAUGUUGGUAGAAUAUUUUUCUUUGAUAGGAAGUGGAACACAUAUAUCGUUAACAUAGAAGAGAAAAUUAGAAGAAAUCAAAAAGGUUGGAUAAUAAAUCCAACCUAAGAAAUAAAAAGGGUUAGAUACAAUUUACUCCCUUCAACUAUGUCCCUUGUUAUACUCAGCUUCCUACGGUGUCAAAUGUUGCUAUUUGUUGCCUCCAAGUUUCAAGUGGACUAAAUUGACUAAUAGUAAUGACCAUGAAAACACCCUCUAUCUUGUAUAUUAUUUCUUGGAUAUUUUUUUUAAUGAGAUACCAAUUCUAUCCCUAAAACCAAUUAGGAAACUCGUGUCAAUUUUAUACCUAAAAAAAAAUUAGGAAACAAAAAAAUCAAGACCAUAGUUGUCAAAUCGGGUAUCGGAAGGUGUAUCGUUUUUUAAAAAUAAUGUAUCGUAUCGUGUAUUGUGU